CUCAGACACAUUAAGCCCGGCAAGAGAUUCGUACAUAAAUAAUUAAGCAAAAUGAAAAAGUUUGCCGUGUUCUUAUUUUUUGCCUUCUUUUGUCUAUCGAUGCAGCUUGUCACGGCAUCGCAACAACAAGAACGUAAUGACAACAAGAUAAAGGAGAGCAAUGAAACAAAAUCCAAUAAAAUUUCUUCUCGCACAUUACUUUUGAUGCUGGUUCGUACAACAGUUGACGUUGUAGGCAAAUAUAGUAAUACUAUAAUACUGGAAAAGGGACAGUUUAUUGCCGACCUGCUAACAGAACUCAUUGUAGUACCCAAGAAAACGGCAUACAUCGAGAAGCUCAUUCCUGAAUUGAGCAGCAUUUUGAAACAAAAAGAGACUUGAUCUCUCCCUUCCCGGAUGUUACGAAAAGGCAUUGGUUUUGGAGGCAAUCUUAAAAACGUUUGUGGAUUUUGAUCGCAUAGCGCAAAGUGGUGAUAACAGCAGUGAGACUGCGAUGUUGAAGGAAAUUUUCCAAAAAGUGGGUCUAAAAGGACUGUAUGAACGCCUUGAAAAAUCUGCUGGAGAGGAAGUUGAAAAAUUUACCCUAGUUUAUGAGCGUUUUUGGAAUUCCCUGAGCGACGCAGAAAGAGAAAAGUUUCCAGAUGUGAAAGAGUGGUAUACAAGUUUUCAAGCAAAGGAAUUUAAUCAAGAGAAAUUCCAACUUUUCAGUGAUUUUAUUGGUAUGCUACAAAGUAUAGCUCUUAGAAUAUAGAUUAAUAAAAAUGAAAGAGCUUUGCACUUAAAAUUUUGUAUUACUUGAGCCGAACUAGCCAUCAAAUAAAGUGUGUUCGACGACUUUUUUAUAUAGAAAAAAAAAAAAACAAAUGAACGAAAACUUCAAAAAAUAAAAAAAAUUGCCAAAA